GCAAAAAGCGCUAGACUCUUUUGGCCGCCAAGGGACCGAGCUGACUCUGGUAGCGGGUGAUGAUCUGCUGUUUGGGUGUUGCGAGAGCCGUGGCGGCCAAGUGCCGUCUGCGCAGUACAUGAGAUUUCCAGGAUGUGUGUGCGCGCAUGAAAAAUUAGAAACUAGAGAAUAUCAUCCAAUCUUCCAGCGCAAAGUUUCCAAAAUAUUAAUAUGAGCACUACCAAUUGGCAACAUCAACCCCCAUUGUUCAUCGGCCAAACUCUCCAGGCUACCCGCUAAAUCCAGCCCACCCACCGCACUGCUAUCCACUAAAAGACAGCCUGUGCGCUCAACUUACUGGCAAAUCUUCAGCGCCACCAACCGCCGCCGCUCAUUUUUAAUCGGGUCCCUGGUCAGCGCUAUUUCCAAGGUAACCCACGCUGGCUUUUCUCCCGCUGAUCCCUCGCUGAGCAUUCGUUGGACCUUGUUGGGCGUUGUUUUUUUUUCUUCUCUUUCUUCGCUUUCAUCGUUUCUACAUCCUCACCUUGCGCCAGUCUCAACGCAACACCGGCCUAUUCUCCGGCUCGGCCUUUGGCUACGCUGCAACUCGCUCGCUCCGUCUUGGCCUUAACGCCGCCCGACAUCACCACGGCCCCCAACACACCGAGACAGAGAUCGAGUGACGCUCUUACCUCAAGCUCGCAUCUCCUCCUCCCGACAGCCACUGCGCCCACGCGACUCGACCAAAACCCGUGAAUGCAGCGUCGCUGGGGGCAUCUCGUCGCCACGCAAGCCCCGACUGCGCGUUGUUGUCAAGAAUGACUGGCCCGUCGCUGUCUCAGUUGCUAGAUAACCGACCGCAGUCUUCCAAUUCUCACCAGCAGCACCAGCAACAACUGCCACAAUCUUUCAUCCAGCCGACGGACAUGUCACGAUCAGUACCAUUUGGCUUGCCAAUGGCUGCCAUUCAACCGCCUCCAGUUCCGUCACCAUCCACCUCCUCCACGGCGGGCCAAACGCAAACAUCGCCAGCGUCAGCACCAUCUGCGUCGAGCGAGCCCGAAGCGUCGCAGUCGCAGCCUCGAAAGAAAGAUCCAUCACAGGGCAAUCUCUACGCAUGCCGUGACUGCGGCCGUUCCUACUCGCGCCCCGAACAUCUUGUCCGCCACGUCCAGACGCACACUCUUGGUCGUCGCUUCGCUUGCGAAAUCUGCUCCAAGACGUUUGCGCGAAAGGACCUGUUGCGCAGACACGUCGCCAACCACGCUAAUGAUACUGCUGCAAAGCGCCGCCGAGUUGUCGCAGCAGCUGGCUCUGGUAGAGUUUCGUAUGCUUGCCGGCCAUGCGCUGCUGCUCGAGUCAAGUGUGAAGAGGCCAAACCAUGCAAGCGCUGUACCUCUCGAGGCCUAGAAUGCGUCUUGUCUGAAGCUGGCGAGGCCGCCACUCAGCAUCUCAACAGCCUUUCGGAGAAGAUUCACAUUAUCCAGGAGCACUUUCCCGGCUCAAACAAUGGCGACCCUUCAGCUACACACGACGAAAGCCAACUGCCUACACCAGACACUGGCCCUGAGCAAGGUCCUGCAGAACCGAUGCCUCAAUUCACGCCGCAACAUCAACAACCGCAGCCGCCACCCCCGAUGAGAAACGAUCCUAACCAUGUUCCCUUUUUCGACUUCCUCCGCGAUGUGCUAUUUGAUACCCCGACAGAAAUAAACAACCGACCCGUUGAUAACCAGAGCAACAUGGCUGUGCUUGACUUUUGCAGCAACAACAGCUUGGAGCUGACGGAUAUGGACUUUGGCCUGCUGGAUUAUUGGAACCUGGAUCCGUUAGCUGACGGGUCAGCUCCCAUGAUGCCGAUGAACGAUUUUGGCCUGCGACCCGAGACAGCCAACGAGAUAUCUCAGAUGCGCCAAAAUCUUGUCAAAGUUUGGACGGAAUCGCCCUGGCGCUGGCAGCCGCGGCAACAUAUCGACACCGGAUUUGGACAGCUAGGCGAUUUACCGGUUUCCGCGAGGGAUACAGCAAGCUUGAACAUUCAAGGUCGCGGAAAGGGCCUAGAGCGAGUAACACGAGAGAAAUUAGACCACACCAGCCGUGACAAGGUGUUGGCAAUGAUGUUGGCAACCUGUCGAUCCGAUUCCAUCAGCCAGCGUGUAGCAGGCUCGUUUCCAACCUCCGAGUUCAUGGAGACCAUGAUUCACAUAUUCUUGGCGUCACAGGCAUGUAUGGUAACCGGCUGGCUGCAUUUCCCAACCAUGAAGCUCAACAGCCGAUACCCAGAAUGGAUUGCGGGAGCGGCAGCAGCAGGAGCUGUUAUUUCGUCGGUGCCCACACUGACAAAGUUUGGUUAUGCCGUUCAGGAAGCUGUACGAAUUAGUAUGCCUUCGAGAUUUGAAGAAGACAACCUGGCCAUCCACGACAUUGGACUACUACAAGCUUAUGUGCUAUGGCAGGAUAUAGGAUUGUGGAGUGGCAACCGCCGCAAGAUGGAAAUUUCGGAAUGCCAUCUCGUGAUUCCCGUGACUAUGCUUCGAUACCGUGGCAAAUUCCAGCGAUCCUACUACCCGAUGAUGCACGUAUACCCCGACGACACGGGCGAGGAACUCCAGGCAAAAUGGAAGACAUGGAUUGCGCGCGAGGAGUGGCGAAGACUUGUCUUCCACUGCUAUAUUCGAGAAUCGCAAGUGACAAUGACGACGCUGACGAAUCCUUGUAUGUCCUAUUCCGAACUAACGCUCCCUCUGCCUGAACCCAAAGAACUGUGGUUCGCCAAGACGGCGGAAGAGUGGAAGCAGCAGUAUAUACUGCGACACGGCGGACAAACCAAGCGCCCUCCAUGCAUUGGCGAUGUGCUGCGUGACAUUCACCUGCUACGAGCAAACGCCAACCGUAUCGACACGCAGCUGUCCAUUGCAGCAUACAUCCAUGGCUACUGGUCACUCAUUCUGGAAUACCGCCAAAUGUGCGCCGUGCACCGAGUGCGCUCCUACACACUGACACCUGCGACGGCAGCAUCUAUGCUUCUGAACCAGCGCCAUCAGGAACUACUAAAGGAUCUACAGACGUUCCAGCUUGUCGCUUCGGACUGGAACGCCGUGACGCCACAGGAGCACAUGAUGCUCAACCUGCUGCUCAUGAACCUGCACAUCUCGCUCGACGAUCUACAGCUCUUCUCCGGCAAAGAAGGCGAGGAUCAGGCGCGCCGAAUCUACCCCAUUCUCCAGCAAUGGGCUUCAGGCUCUGAUGCGCGCUCGGCAGCCUGGUACGCAGGCCAAGUGCUGCGGUACGCCAAGGAGUUCCCUGAAGACCACAUUGUCGGCUUCUACGCCGUAGCCUGCCAUCACGCGGCGCUGGCGCUGUGGACGUACGGUGUGAUUGGCCGAGCCAACGGGCGACAGCCAUUCACCGGCAACACGGUGGCAGAGAUGGUUGAGCUGGACGGGCCCGAUUCGCUUGCGGCCCACCGAUUCAUCGGCUUUGAACAAGGAAACCCGGUGAUCCGGGGACCCAAGUCGGCGCGGGACGGCAGCGUGCAGCUGGCCUCGCUCAAGAGCACGCGGACGUGCAUGACGGUGGUGCAGGAUAUCCUGCGGGCCAACGUGAGCAAUCCCAAGCACGGCACGCCUCACAUUAUUGAGAAUCUGUGCGGAUUGAUUCAGAAGCUGGGCGAUGCAGCAUGGGCUGUUGGCCUGAGCUAGGCGAAGCUUUUGUGGCUGCUGCUGCCGCCGUAUAUAAUGUGUGUAUAUGUAUAUACUUUUUUUGUAUGAUGAAGUAAAGCUCUAUGAGGAGACAUGAAUGCCAAAAACCCAUUUCAUUUUAUGCUAUCUGAUAUGAAUUCGCCGUUGUAAAACUC